AUGCCCCAAAGUGCGAGCCACGAAGCUGCAAGUGAGUGGAAACGGUUCCUGGUGAUGUCGGCAGUAGCUUGGGGGCUGCCGUCUCUCAUGACAGGGCUAUGCGCCUACGCCUUUGAGAGGGACCAGCUCUUACGGAAGCGAGGACCCUCUCGCCCAGCAAACGCUUUGCUGGGCGAGCGCGCCCUCGACUCCCCGGGCAACGUGGCUCGAGUCUUCAGCGAACGAUAA